GGAUGAGAGACUCAUCCAGUGAAGUGAACAGAUUGAAGUAAAUCUGAGAUCACCAACUUUGACAUGGCAAAGUACUCCGCUGGAGUCUAGCCGCUAGCCUUGGUGUUGGGGUUUGCCCCGGCGACAUUGCCCGAAUGCAGUCUUUCUAUGGCAAUUUCGUGGCGGUUCCAGAGGGCACAGCGGGUGGGUUCUGCAGCGGAGGGAGUCGGAGCAGCAGUUGUCCACCUGCGCGGUUGGGGGCCGUGUCGACUGGAGGUGAUCGGCACUCUUUCUACGACAGCUUCUGGCCAAAAGCCAAGGUGGCACCCCCAAUUUUCGUCUCCUCUGUGGGGCGUACAGAGAGCGCCCUGGCUUUGGAUCGAAGGCUGAGGGCCUGUGAGGCAAUCCCCGCGCUCGUGGCUUUGCUCUCCGAGCUGACCCACUUCGAUGUGGGGAAUGUGGUCAUUGCGCUGAGCUCCGGCGCCAAGAUCGUGAAAGUUGAGCAGAAAGUCCAGGAGUCCACCGAGGCCAAGGUCGCACAGGGCUACUUGCGCACCUUGGAUUUCAAGCGGUGGUUGACUUCUGUGGAUCCCACUGGUGGUUGCCUGGAGUAUUUGCCGGCCAUGCAAAUUCAUGGGACCUUGGAGCAGAUCAUGGAGACGUAUCUUCAAGCUUCCGAGACGACGACUUCUAGGAUUCUUCGAGACGAGUUCUUCACAGAGCAUCAGGUUCGGCAGGAGCAUCGCAUUCGGUUCCAGCGCUGGUUCAAGGACAGCUGCGGUGCUGAGGAGGCGCAACCCUGCGCAAACCCAGCAACUCUGGUGACCAAAGAGGACACCGAAAUCGACCUGAAACGGUUGUCGUUCUCUGACUGGUUGGCGAGCAUUGAUCCCUCCAUGGCAUUACAGCAGUAUUUGCCAUGCAUACAAGAGAGCUACGACACGGUCUCACAGAUUGCUACAACAUACACGAUCUUGAAGAACGGAGGUCAAGAGAAGACGCUGGAUCUCCAGCUGUUCGAUGACUUUGGAGUUGUGGAUGAUGAACACCAAGCCUUGUUCCGGAACUGGUUUGCACGCUUCUGUGGGGUAAGGGAGAUGGCGGAUGGCGAUAGCCUGUCAACGGAAGACCCUUCAACGCCACACUUUGGUCCUGAAGGAGAAGUGCAAACUGGAACUGCCAGCAACCUUCCUGGCAACUGUUCGGAGGAGGUGAAGGAAACAGCCACCGAGGUGCCCAGCGAAAAAGAUGCGAAGGUCCCAGCAGUCGCUUUGGACGCCAAAAUGGUUCAAGAGGAAGCUCUAAGCUCCCCCGUGAAGCAAUUGCAAAGAGAGGGGCAUGAAGCCAACCAGCAAGUAGAAGAGGUCGCGCAGCUUGUUGAGGCUGAGCAUCCACCCCCAGGUGGACAGAGUCCUCCUCAGGGUAAUGCGUUCUUCGAUUUCGAUGAUUUAUCAGCAGAACCGACUUUGCAGAAGACAGAAUUGGCCGAGAACCAAGCAAGAGAUGGCUCAGGAGGCAUGUUCGAUUUCGACGAGCUGGAGGAAAUAGCGCCCUCGGCGGCUGGCCUCAAGCUGCCUGGUGAUGUGGCCAAGGAGCAGGUCCAGGAGGAGGUUCAGGCUGAAGAUACGAAAGGACAAGCAGUGGAAGAGGCUGGCCAGGAUGAGCAGAAAGAGGAGAUGACUGAAGACACUGCAAAGGAGAAUGAUGAGGCUGAUGGAAAUACAAAGGAUGAUUCGAAGGAGAGGAUUCCGGAGGUGGAGAUGGAGGCUUCUAAUUUGCUUCACCAAUUUGACGAGAGCAUCAUCCCAGGCAACACCGAUGAGAGCGGAGAGCAGCCAGCUCAAAACCCUGAGACUUGGGGAGCAGACGUAGAUCAUGUUGAGACUGGGCGCGGUGGCUUUUUUGAUUUUGAUGAUUUGGACGAAGCCGAAGCAGGGUAA